UACACAUUUUUCUCGCCCGCCUUUGAAUUACUACCAUCAGGGGCCCUUUAAAAAGUGGAUUAGUCACGCCCACGUCAUCCUGGAGGUCACUUCUCAAAUCCUGGGCGUGGGUCACGGAAGCAGCCAAUCGGCAUCCGUCUUAGUAGGAGGUGAUCGAAGCCGCUGCAGAGAGAAAGAGAGAGAGAAAGAUGGAGGCUUUUUCGGAGGGCGCGGCGCCGGUGGAGGGCCUCUCCGCCCUGGUUCCUGACAGGCUGCAUCAGCGAGAAGCGGAACGGCGAGAGGAGGCGGAGAAGAGGCGUCGAGAACGGGACGCGCAGUCGGUGUUAGAAGAGCAGAGCGAUUUUUUCACCGCCUCCUUUGCCCGCGAGCGGGAAGCCAUCGAAGCGCUGCUGCGGUCGGAGCCGGCUCAGGGUGCCGAAGCGGCUGCCGAAGCCGUGUCAGAGGCGGCUCGGCGGCUGCAGGAUCUGCAGCGGCUGCUGACGGAUUCGGUGCGCUUCUUGGCUCCGUAUGAGGUGCGGCAGGCCCAGGCGGCGCUGAGCAAGUUGCAGGGCGCGCUGUCCGAGAGGCGCCUCCAGCUGAAGCCGAAGAAGCGGUUCGCCUUCAGCAAAACCCUCAAAAAGGACCCUCCCUCGGCUCCGUCCAAGCCUCCCGCUCAGCAUCCUCCCCGGGAAAGCUCCGCCAAAGACCAGAAGGAAGCGGCAACCUCCGCGUCGCCGGCUCCAAGUUGCGGCUUCAGCCAGACCGAGGGACGAGCCCUGGAGCUCGGCCCGACCGAGCUGCUGCAGCAGGACGUGGUGCUGUUCCAGCUCAGGCGCUGCCGGGUGCUGUUACGCGGCAACCCCAACACGCUGCUGGUGCGCGACUGUCACGACUGCACGGUCCUGUGCGGACCCGUGUCGACCUCGGCGCGGGUGGAUGGGUGCAGCGGUUGCCUCUUGGCCCUCGCCUGCCAGCAGCUCCGGACCCACCGCACGACGGAGACGAGCUUCUACGUGCAAGUGACCAGCCGAGCGAUGCUGGAGGACUGCAGCGCCGUGCGCUUCGCCCCCUGUUCGUGGGAUUACGCGGGCAGGGAUGCCGAUUUCAAGACCGCUGGCCUUGACAGAAGCAAGAACAACUGGGACCAGGUGGACGACUUUAACUGGCUGGCCAAGGAUCAGGCCUCCCCGAAUUGGUGCGUGAUCCCGGAAAAGGAGCGGAUCACGGAUUGGAAUGGCGUUAACGGCCUUGCCUUUGUCGAGGACUCCCAAAACAGCUGAAAAGAGGGCUGACUUUUCAGGGCAGAAUUAAAGCUGCGGUAAAUAAGUCCUGAAUGGCCCUUGGAAUCUCUUUAAGGAGUAUGAUUGGGUUGCCAAAACACUUGUCCUGAUAACCUUUCACUGUUUACCUGCUAUCUGAUUAUGUGUCCUGAGACUAAUGUUUAGUGUUGUGCGUGCUGGGGUUCUUUCUACAGAUCUGUAAUUGUAGCUGUUAAGGUUGUGUUUUUGUUCUCUUAGGAAGAAAACUUAUGGAGCCGAAGAUUUUAACUUCUAAAAUGUUACCCAGUCAGUAACUUGCUCAUCUAAAUACUGAAUAAAAUUAUUAAUGUAGACAUUGGCUAUUUUUAUCUCCAGGAUGUGUUUGUGAUAUAUGUGGAUUAAACUCCUUUUGAAGAGUGAUAUGAGAUAUUUAAAGUUAGGAAUGGUUUAAAGGUACUGUAUAUAUAUUUUUGACAGCUAUAUAAGAAAUGAUCUAGAGAUGCAGGAUUUCAGAACUACUUUUAGCAUCUUCAUUUGUUAAAAUACUUUAUUAGUUUAAACAUUAUAUCAGAAGCAAAUUCUUUCUGGGAUCUUCAUCUACUAGUACCAAGCCAGAGAAUUCUACAAAAUUUGCAAAGCAUAUUGAAGAUUAUUCAGGAACUAUGUCAGUUAGCAUUAGUUCACUUUUACAAAACAGCAUUCAGGUUGUUGAGGUUGCAAAAAUGCUUAAUUUUGGAUCCCAAAGGGUAUGCUUUUACUUUUGUGUGCCUGUAAAAAUUCUAAAGAUAACAUAUCUAAAAGGACACACCCAAAAUCUACAGGCCCUAAGAAUUAUAUUACCAUAGAUAAGCACUUUAAGUGGCAGAAAGUAGGUGCUUAAGUGUCCUUCUCAAAUUAAACUACAAAAGGAUAAAGUCAAGUUUGCAUUAUAACUUUCUGCUACAUUUUGCACAAAAUACUUUUCACAAUAAUAUGAUGAUAUAAGAUUUUAUAGAACUUUAUAUUUUAGAAAUAUUUCACAAUCUGAACAUUUUAAGAUUUUAUUUUAUUUCCACUUUAUUUUUUACAAUUCCUUGUUUGAAAAUUUCUCAGUUAUUUGGACUGUUAUUUAUUAACAAUUUUGUUACUGCAUUCAUUAUCUUUUUUUAAAUAUUUAUACUAAAGUAAAUCAAAAUAUAUAGAACCUGCAAAGUAUUCUAAAGAUAGAACUGUUCAAAGCUUCUGCAAAAAGAGCUGAACAUUGCACAGGAGUUCAUAUAAACGCUCGGCUUUGAAAUAUCAAAGCAACUGUGUUGUUGGCAAGCUUUGUGGGGCUGCUUCAGAUAUUAUUUUUCUCUCUCUCAGUACUCAUGAAAAUAGCCACAAGAGUCUUAUGGUUUGACCAUUUGGAAACAAGUGUUGAAUAUGUUCCUUAACAGAUUAAAAUUCAG